ACCUCCGUCGGCCGUCUCCCCUGUUCUCCCGUCCCAAACCUCUUCUCUUCGCCUUUCAAAAAAAAAAAAACCCUCUUCUCUUCGGCCCUUCCCACCGAAACGCGGCUGCCACCUCGAAGCCCGACCACCGGGCUUGCUGUCCUAUGGAAGAAGGCAGUGACUAUUAUGUUGUCAAGAAAGGGGACAUGGUUGCUGUUUAUGAAACUUUAAAUGAUUGCCAGGCGCAAAUUUGCUCUUCGUGCCUACAAGGGUUACUGCUGGAGCAAAGAAAAGGCAGAAUACUUCUCUUCACGUGGACUAAUCAAUGCUUCGUAUACAAUCAGUGCAGCUGAACUUAGGGAAGAUUUAUUGGGUGCCCUUGUGCCCUGCACUUUCCAGGAGGUAACUGCUACUAGUUCAAAUCAACGAGCUCCAAAUCUGUCCACCCUCGGCAGUGAUAUAAGAUAUCAACCUGGCAUCCAUAAUGAUAUGAAAUAUGAGCCUGGGACAAAACCUGUGGAUCUGAAUUAUAGUGUCGCUGGAUCUGGUCAAACUCAAGGUUACUCAGUUCAGGAGCAUGCAUUUAGCGGGCAGGAAGCCAAACCAAGGUCCUCCAGUUAUUCCUCGCCAAAUAACCUUAACCACACUGGAGCUUUUGAUGCACAACCUGUCUCAAAACAAUACAUAUCUCGACUUCGUGAGGGUCUUGGUGUUGUUACCAAUAAUGUUGCCGAGUACCGGGGCCUUAUCUUAGGACUGAAAUAUGCCAUCAGGCUUGGAUUCAAGAGAAUCAAAGUAUAUGGUGACUCUCAACUAGUCUGUUAUCAGGUGAAAGGUACAUGGCAAGCAAAGAAAGAGAAUAUGAUGGAACUGUGCAAAGAAGUGAGAAAACUUCAAGAGAACUUCAUCUCUUUUGAGGUCCACCAUGUGCGACGGGAAUGGAACUCUGAGGCGGAUCGCCAGGCAAACAUAGCCAUCACCCUCGCAAGCGGCGCGGUUUCUGAGGGGCGUGGCGACGGCUUCUGAGCUUGUGACAGUAGCCUUGUCCGACUAUAACUAGUCUAUGUAUUUAGUUAACAGUAGUCUUACCCUAAAAAGAAGUUAACAGUAGUCUGUGUUGGAGUGGUUAUCUGUGUCCAUUUUCUUGUAUUUGAACCUGGUUCUCUGUCUGCAUUUGAAUGUGAUGCACUGUGCUUCUCCUUGUUGCUUAUUACUGGUUGGGCCUCUUUUGGACAAUCAGGUAGCUUUCUUGCCGUAAACUUCCAUUCGAUGGCCUUUAAUGUUAGACAGUUUUAUGUAUAUACAUGUGCACUUGUGUAAAACCCUACAUUCUAGGAUCUGUAACAGCCGCCCUGGCCUGCGUGCCGCCUCUCAAGGGCUCCCUCCUGUAUAUGAUGUACCAUUGUAACUGAUCCUAGUCAUUGAAUCAAGAGUAAUUCACUCCAA